AUGACGGGUGUUGAGUCGCAUGGCCUCUCUGAGAUCACUCUACUUCAACAUCGGCUCUCUUCUCUAUCGGACAGAAUGGAUCACAAGGUCGAAUCUUCAACGCCUCUCGCUAUUAACACUCUUUGCCAGUCUUCCAGGCCUGCCUCGUGCUGUUCUUUCGCAUUAGAUCACCCAUCGCCUCUGUCAAUUAACGAAUUCUCUUGGCAACACCAACAGCAGCAGCAGCCAUACUCAAACUCCUUGAAAUGCAGCUCUGCCUCAUCUGGAAACCAGAUUCGUUCGACCGAAGUCUCUUUCUACAAUUUUGGGCAUUCUAGUCCAGGUUAA